AUGUUAAUAUGGACCCGUAUUUCAAGAGAUCAUUAUCAUAAAAGAAGGAAGACUGGAGGUAAGAGAAAACCCAUCAGAAAGAAGAGGAAGUAUGAGUUAGGAAGACCAGCAGCCAACACUAAGUUAGGCACCAAAAGAGUUCAUUUGGUAAGAACUAGAGGAGGGAAUACUAAAUUUAGGGCCUUGAGAUUGGACUAUGGAAAUUUUUCAUGGGGUUCUGAAUGUUGUACCAGAAAAACUCGUCUGAUUGAUGUAGUCUAUAAUGCAUCAAACAAUGAGCUUGUACGUACUAAAACACUUGUGAAGAAUGCCAUAGUUGUGAUUGAUGCUACUCCAUUCAGGCAGUGGUAUGAAGCCCACUACGCUCUCCCAUUAGGAAGGAAGAAGAAUGCCAAAUUGUCUGAAGCUGAGGAGGCUGUCCUAUACAAAAAGAGGUCCAGGAAAACGGAAAACAGGUAUAAGGCGAGGCAGAAACUGGCCAAAGUCGAACCUGCAUUAGAAGAACAAUUCCAGACUGGUCGUUUACUUGCUUGCCUAGCCAGCCGGCCUGGGCAAUGUGGACGAGCUGAUGGUUACAUCCUUGAGGGAAAAGAGCUUGAGUUCUAUUUGAGGAAAAUCAAAGCCAAGAAAGGAAAGUAGAUUAUAAAAAAAAAUUGUUAAUGUCAUAAAUAAAGCUUUUAUGACUUUUUUAUUCAUGU